AUGGAGAGCUAUGUCCCCUACGCCAUGCUUGUGACCUGUGUCGGGAUUGUACAGUCUGUAGAACGAGGUUUUGUCUACUGUCCCGCCUACCCCUGUACUUGCGAGUCAAAAGAUGGCGGACUGAUCGUCAACUGCAUGAGUCUCUACCUGACGGCUCUGCCCAAGUUCCUGUCUUUUGAAGGUCGUAUUAAAGAACUCUCACUCAGACACAACAGCAUCAACAGCCUCCCCGCCGGAGGGUUCAAACACCUGCACAUCGAGAAGCUGGACUUGCGAGACAACGCUAUCAACUUCAUCCACACGACUGCCUUCACGGGGUUGGAACAUACCCUCCGAUGGCUGUCUAUUCAACUCUACGCCAUGGAUGGCUUCCCCACUGACCCUCUUUCCCGACUUAGCCGUCUACGUACUUUAAUAAUCCUCGGAUGCAAAGAACAGGAUCUGCGACCCAGUCUAUUCCUGAACCUGGGAUCGAUGGAAGAGCUUCAUCUCAUUGGCUGCAGGAUAAACCGGAUCCAGCCAGGUACGUUCCUAGCCUUGCCAUUCCUCACCAGCCUGGUCCUGUCCCAAAACUCGCUCGGGUUCCAGAAUAUCGCAGAGAUAAACGUGUUGGACAAACUCGUCUGUCUCGACCUGUCAUACAACGAUGUUCAUUAUUUAAAGAGUUUUGCUUUUUUCAAAUUAUCUAAACUCCGAUCUCUAAAACUGGGAUACAACAAACUGCGCUAUGUUGAGGAUAACACUUUUAGUAAUUUAGAAUUUUCACUGGAAGGGCUUGAUCUGCAGAAUAAUAAUCUUCAAGAGCAACACCUCCUGUCCUUAGCAGACCUAAAAGUUUUGCGUCGGUUAGAUUUGAGUUUCAACAGCAUCUCCGAUCUCUCCGGGGAAUAUUUUGCAACCAUGAGGUACUUGACAAAUUUACAACUAGCACACAACAAUAUCAGAGUGAUUGAAGCCGGCAGCUUCAGGAGGUUGUGGUCCGUCCGGGAUCUAGACUUGAGCGGCAACCCUUUACAACUCAUCGAAAAUGGCGCCUUUUCUGAAACCAAUGUCCUGGAGACUUUAAACAUUAGUGACUCAAAAAUUGGCGGGAGUAUCAAUGGACGCACAUUCGAAGAUUUAACGUCAUCUCUGUCGCGUCUGGUCGCUAAAAAUGCUUCCCUAAUUAAUGCCGACAUUAGGGCACUUUGUCAUCUGACAAAUCUGACCUAUUUAGAUGUGAGCCACAACUGGGUGGAUCAUCUAGACCUUAAUUUUAUGGCGGGAAUGGAGAAUGUGAAACAUGCUAAUUUCUCCCACAAUAACAUUUCAUCAUUUGAGAAUAAAUACAGCCAAGCGCGCGACAUUUCGUUAGAGUUUCUGGAUCUUUCCUGGAACAAAAUUCUGGUGAUAAACAACUGUGUGCUGCUUCCGCUGAAGAAGCUCCGCGACAUCCGCCUGGAGGGGAACCCGCUCACCUGCAACUGCAGCCUAGCCUGGCUCUACAGGUGGCAGCAGGUCUCCCAGCUCAAUCAUCCCCAGAACGACUACAAGUGGACAUGCAGGAGUCCCCACUCACUUAGGGGCUUCUAUUUCUCAGAGCUAGAAUUCUCCGAUCUCAGAUGCCCUCAGCCGCCGGGCAGUGAAGAAGUUUGCCCGACCACGGGAAACAAAACCUGGGGACUGGGAUCCACAACCGCAGCGGUGGGCAAGCUACAAGACACACACACAUGGGGACAUAUUUCAGUGAACAUCUCUAGGGGAAACUCCAGCUCUGCGACUGUUACUUGGACUGUGGACGAUUUCCAGCCAAUGUAUGGAUUCAAUAUUACCCUAAAACGACACAACGACACCACGGCGCUGCAGUCUGCGGCAGUUGCUGACGGCGUGUCUAAUUAUACACUUCAACUGAAUGAAACGUUCAAACAAAACAUCUGUGUGACAGCCAUCAACAAAGAAGGGCUGCAGUCGGCCGAGGCAUGUCUAGAAGUGCCCAUCUUCCAACACGAGCAUGAUGAAUCCAGUGAAACUCGACUCAACAAUCUGAUCCAGAACUCGUUCAUCCCCCUAACUUUCAUCUACAUCUCCGGGAGUAUGGCUAUUGUGUUUAUCGCCGCCUGUGUGGUCGUGUUUGUUCGGGGCAAACGUAAACUACCCAGGAGGGUCAAACCUCUAGGCGUGGCCUACCCGGCCUGGCUGGACCACCGGACAUCCGUGGCUAGUUCUUCGAUGACUCACGAUCCUCAUUUUCUGAACACACUUUUCGUGGAUAGCAGUGGCACUCUUCGAUCAAUCAUUGACAACAUGAGCACCCUUCGAACAACUGUCAGUAACCAAGAGGUGACCCAAUCAGCGAAUGAGCACCCGGGAACUGCCCAAUCAACAAUUGACCACGCCGGAGUACCCACUACAACAAAUGACCCAAACCAGGGUACAAUGUUAAAUGAUGUGUCUGGCCCCACUGUCCAGAAUCCAGAAGCCAAUUUGCCGCUGGACUCUCCAUUCACAUUGUCAAGUCGUAGAGAAUCUGGAGUGGACAAUAAAGAGGCAAGCCAGGACGCCUCCUUGGUGCAUGGACUCAUAGAAAUCAGACCUCGGCGUAGUGAUGCUAGCAACGAAUUUUUCUUUCACUUUUAA